CCGAGUCCGGUACCUUCUACCGUUCUACGGCUAUUUCUCCGAUUGUGUACGGUCGUACGGAUGCGUAUAUUGUACGUAUUUCAGGAGCGUAGGAUCGUCGAGCGAGGGCGCGCCGAUGGCCACCAUGGACAAGUACAACCUGAAGAACCCGGCGAUGAAGAGGAUCCUUCAGGAGAUCAAGGAGAUGCAGUCGAGUCCCUCCGAUGACUUCAUGAGCCUCCCUCUCGAGCAUUGGGGUUCAUGAGGAUCUCUGAAUGUGUGAUCUUGCCCUUACUUGGCUCUUCGGAGCUUAAUUUUCCGGCUAAUGUCUCUCAGAAGUGAUUUUAUCAAAUUUUGCGUGGACGAUGAUGCUCAAAUUUAUUUCGGUUUCCAAAUUAUCUUAUUCUUCGGUUGGGAUCAUAUCAAUUCAGCUGCCGAAUCUGAUUCUGCUGUCUACGUAUUCGAGUGGCAAUUCGGUAUCGCAGGUCCCCGUGAUUCUGAGUUCGAGGGUGGGAUUUAUCACGGACGUAUUCAGUUGCCUGCAGAGUACCCUUUCAAGCCACCUUCCUUUAUGUUGCUCACUCCAAAUAGUCGUUUUGAAACACAGACCAAGAUAUGCCUAAGCAUGUCAAAUCAUCAUCCUGAGCACUGGCAGCCCUCAUGGAGCGUUCGGACUGCUUUAGUGGCACUUAUUGCAUUCAUGCCCACCAACCCGAAUGGUGCAUUAGGUUCCUUAGACUUCAAGAAGGAAGAGAGGCGUGCCCUUGCCGUUAAAUCUCAGGAAGCUGCCCCAAGAUUUGGUUCCCCUGAGCGUCAGAAGUUGAUUGAUGAGAUUCAUGAAUAUCUGCUGACCAAGGUACCACCAGUUCCUCAGCCAGGCAAACCUGCACUCUCAGACGAGCAUUCUGCCAUCACACAGCCUGAAGAAGCAGCACGACCCACUGAACAUGAAGAGGCCAUUCAAAACCAUGAAAGGAAUGAGAUCGUCGAAGAGCCACCAAGACAUGUUCCUGAGAGACCAAUAUUGGGUCAUGAGUUCCAUCAGCCGCAGCCUCUGGCUCAGAGACGGAGGGUUCAGAGGUGUCUCUUAACUUGGGCCACUGUGGGUCUAAUGAUGGCCAUCGCAAUCCUUCUGCUGAAGAAGUUAAUGAAAUCAAGCGGCUAUGGAGCCGUAUUCCUGGAUGACUCAUGAGCAUAAUGUCAGUACAUAAUUGGGCUCUCAAAUGCUGUAGAUAUGUUUCUACAUCCCCAUUUGGAGAAGAAUGGUGAAGAUUCCCGAGCAAGUAGAAGGAUUUUACGGUAUGGUAUUUUACUAGUUGUCCAUUUUGCAGAUUCGGAAAUUUGUACAUAAUGAUCUCGAAUUCAAACCAGCUUCUUGAGAUGGUCUUCGAACCUUGUGAUAAUUGUAAGUAAUAAUUCUGAGAAUCCAAAUGGUAGAAUAGAAUUUCCAGCAAAAAAAUGGUAGAAUAAAAUGUGGAGACACAUUUCUGCUGCUUGA